AACAACCCACUAGAUGAACUCUCACUCCAGUCCAGCGGUGGCAGUAAAUAUGCACCAGAGUCGCCAAUCGGUGUUAGACGCCUUAGUUUAAAACGGAAGAAGAAGAAUUCAUAAUGAUGGCAGCGGCAAGCAGUAGUGGGAGCACUGAACAUGGCACUGAAGAGCACAUAGCGAAAAAAACACGCACACGGACUUCUAAAGUCUGGGAAUUUUUCACCCUCAACGCGACUAAUAAUGUGGUUAUUUGCAGACUAUGCAAAUUUCAGUCGGCUUACCACAGCAGUACAUCAGCGAUGCACGAACAUCUGAAGAGAAAACACCCUGGAGCUCUGUGUCAGGAUGGCAGUAAAACACCGAGUAAGCAAAGCAGUAUGGGUGACUUUUUCCAUAAAAAGAACCAGGCACCUUGCACACCCCAGGAGGCUAGUGUGUUCACCAACAGCAUCGUCUCCAUGAUUGUGAAGGACAUGAGGCCCCUUGCGAUUGUGGAAGGUGAAGGCUUCCGUGAAAUGGUAAACACUUUCCACUCAGGAUACACCCUUCCAUCCAGGCGCCACUUUACUGACCUAAUGGAAAAGAAGUAUGUGGCUACCAUGGACAAAGUGAAAAGUGAAGUUAAAAAAAGCCUGUCCAAACUGUCCCUAACAACCGAUGCUUGGACCAGUCUGGCCACUGAGGCAUAUUUAGGUGUCACCUGUCAUUUUAUAAAUGAGAAUUGGGAGCUGACCUCGUUUAGCUUAACUACAAUGCCGCUUGAGGAGCGCCACACUGCUGAAAAUAUUGCCUCUUGGGUUGAGAUGGUGGCAGAUAAAUUUGAUUUCUCCCUUCGAGAUAAUGUACUGGCGAUUGUACAUGAUAACGCAGCAAAUGUUGUUGCAGCUCUUCGCAUCCUAGAGGAGAAACAUGGGGUAGCAUCACAUCGUUGUGCCGGCCAUACACUUCAGUUGGUGGUGAAUCAUGCCUUGAAGAACAACCCCAUGAUCGACAGGACACUCGGGGCUGCACGGUGUCUUGUGAAGCAUUUCAAGAAAAGUGAGCCUGCUAGCAGCAAGCUGAAACAGAAACAAAAACAGUGGGGUACAGCAUACCCUGCUCCAGGAUGUCUCUGUAAGAUGGAACAGCUCACACUACAUGGUGAGUCGCCUUUUGGAACAACGGUGGCCGGUGGUCGCAACACUUUCGGACCCAGACGUUACACAGCGUGGGAAGCAGUACCUGGAUUUGAGGAAUGAUCAGUGGAUCUUGCUAGAGGAACUGGAGCAGGUCCUCAAGCCUUUCGAACAGGCCACUGUUUUUCUCAGUGGAGAGUCCUAUGUCACAAUAUCUGUUUUACCUCCACUGCUGAAGGGUCUCCAUAAGUCUACAAAGAAAACCACAUACGAGUCUGCUGCUGUGAAUUCUUUUCAGAUUGCUGCAGACCAAGAGAUGCAGGCAAGGUGGGUGUCUGAGUCUGCUUUUACAGAGAAUGGAAAAAAUGUGGCCAUCAUUGCUGCUGCCCUUGACCCCCGCUUUCGUAGGUUGAAGUUCCUGUCACCCGAGGAUGCUUUGAAGGUACAAGUACAAAUUCAGGCUCUGAUAAUUGAUAUCAAAAGAGCCAAGCAACAACUGCAAACGAUUGAGCAGGAGCACUCGGCCAGUCCCCAGCGAAAGAACACCUCUAUGCUGGACAUUCUGCUUGGCUCGGACUCUGAGGGGGAGGGCACCGAGGAUAUUGGCCAGGAGGACAGUGCUGAGGGUGAAUCUGUGAGAAAUGAGGUUCUUUUGUAUUUUGGGGAGAGUUGCAUUCCAAGGGAUACAAGCCCACUUCAAUGGUGGAAGGAAAAUGCAGGAAGGUUCCCCAACCUGGCAGUUCUAGCCAAAUCCUACUUGUCUGUGCCUGCAACCUCCACUCCAUCAGAACGUCUUUUUUCAGAUGCUGGAAAUAUUGUAACCAAGAAAAGGGCAAGUCUGACGCCGGAUCAUGUUGACAUGUUAACAUUCCUCCACUCCAACCGUCAAACUAUAUCUUGAAUUCAACACACACACACACACACACACACACACACACACACACACACACACACACACACACACACACACACACACACACACACACACACACACACACACACAAAGAGAGAGAGAGGAAGAAGAUAUUCCUCCUGGGUGACAUUCAUUUAUUUGUUAAAUGCUGCAUCUGGCACCGACACUUUUCAGUUUGCAAAAUAUAAGUGCUAUGUUUGCGCAAAGAC